GAAUUGAUAUGGAGGAUUAUGAAGGCGACCGAAGAUUUGCAAAGUAUACGACUUUCGCUGUGGCCGGCGAAAGCGAUAAUUAUCGGGUGACAAUCGAUGGAUACCGAGGUACCGGAGGCGAUGCAUUGCUAUCUCUCAAUAAGCCUAUCAGAAACAUGAGGUUUACAACGAAAGACAAAGAUAACGACGUUAAAAGCAGUGGAAACUGUGCGUUAAACAAUAAGGGUGGCUGGUGGUAUAAUAGCUGCCAUAACGCCAAUCCAAAUGGUUUGUAUAAAGGUGGAGGUAAUGCACAAGGUAUUACGUGGGGGUCAUUUCGAGGACAAGGAUAUUCUUUAAAGCACACCGAGAUCAAAAUUCGACCAGCAUGAUUUCAUUUGUGGUAGCUGCAUCCUUAAGCCAAUAGUAAACUAUAGCUUCUAAUUAAGAAUUAAAGAUAUCUGUUUUGCGUAGAGUUACAAUUCUUAAUUUAAUUUGUGAUGAUUGCAAUAUACAAGUUCCGUUAACGCGACAUAUUGUUGGCAGAUGGCGCGUUUAGCUGUUGUCUUUCAACGCUCUUAGUGGUGAUAAACUUUCUUAAAUUUUGUUUGUGAAAUAGUUUUAUUGAUUUAUCUACGUAUGUAGAGCACUUUUUCUGUCUUUGAAUUUAUGUCACUCCCUCAGUAAGAGAAAGGCACUUUUAAUUCGUAUUAUGAAAACGUUACUUAUUUUGUCAGAUGAGACUUUCCUAGAUAUUGAUGAUGAGCUUAGUUUUAAUUAAACGUUUAAAUGUCUCA